AUGGCAGCACGGGGGCCGGCGCGAGUGCGGCGGCAGAUGCGCGGCGAUACGCGCCGCGGUCAGCGCGGGGUCAGCGGCUGCCCACGCCGCGCGGUCGCCGACCUGCGGCCGCACAGAGCGGCCACGCCGGGUCCAGAGCCCACGCGGCGCGUCGGCGCGCCCGGAAUGUCUAAACUGGGUCGUCGCCGCGGCAGCGGUGGCGGUGGCGGCAGCAAAGACGGCGCCGCCUGCCGGACCGGUCGCUCCAGAGUCAACGGCCGCACCAGGGAUCAACCUCGGCCCGCGGGUUCCCACACACGGCACGGGGGCACACCGGAAGGUGCGAGACAAAAAGGCCCGCGGAUCCGGCCCGGCCGAGCAUUUUUAUCUGCGGCGCGCCGUCGCGGCGCUGUGAAUGGAAUUAAAGUUUUCAGCGCUGGCUGGGGAGGGGGUGUCGCGGGCGUGCCAAGCGCGCCUUCCGCCAUCAACGUCGCGGCGGCCAAGUUCUGCGGCGCGCGCCGCGGCCACAAUGGGGGCGGAAGCGCGCUCGCUCAUCAGCCCCCGCCGGCCUGA